UAGCAGAUAAACUCGACAAAACAGUACUAAGAAAUACUCUCUCUCUCUCUCUCUCUCUCUCUCUCUCUCAACUCGACAAAACAGUACUAAGAAAUACUCUCUCUCUCUCUCUCUCUCUCUCUCUCUCUCUCUCUCACAUUAGCCAUGGCUUGUAACAAGAGUUUUUCCAGCAAUUACAUGCUACUGGACCCCAACGAUGUGGGUUUCUUUGAUCUGAUUCACAUCUUGAUCUCCAAUAACUUGGAGAAGAGAAAGUUCGUUGACUCCUCCGAUGACAAAGAAGAUGACUUUCAGCGCAGAUGGCUCAUAUUUCUGUCUAUUGUGGUGCAGAAGUUGCUGCAGUUUGUGUCGAAGCCAAUGGCAGUUAUUGGCUGGGCAAUCGAAAUGUUCUUGAACUUUUUGUCAAUUAAUGGCUGCAGCUUGCAUGGACUGCUUCUAAAUCUUUUGCGAGGCAAGAUCAUAGUACCAGAUAGCAACUCAGAAACAUUCUUGUCGUUUAUUGGGAAUUUGGAUAAGCGAGUAAAGCUGGACAGUAGAAUCAAACCUGGAGAUGCCAAAUAUAAUGCAGCACUCAGUGUGAUGGCCUCUAAACUAUCAUAUGAGAACCAUGCCUGCAUCAAAACUACAGUCCAAGAUCACUGGAAGAUGGAGUUCGUGGGGUUUUACGACUUCUGGAAUGAGUAUCAGGGAAAAGCUACAACACAAGCCUUUAUGCUUCGCGACAGAUCACGUGCUGAUCAUGAUACCAUUGUUGUUGCCUUUAGAGGAACCGAACCCUUUGAUGCAGAUGCAUGGUGCUCUGACUUUGAUAUUUCGUGGUAUGAACUUGAAGGUGGAGUUAACGGAAAGAUCCAUGGUGGCUUCAUGAAAGCUCUAGGUUUACAGAAAAAUAUCGGUUGGCCAAAGAAGAUCCAGCAAGAUGACAAGCACCCCUUAGCUUACUAUGCUGUUAGGGACAUGCUGAAAAAGCUACUAAGUGAAAAUGAUAAAGCGAGAUAUAUCAUAACAGGGCACAGUUUAGGCGGAGCGUUAGCAAUUCUCUUCCCUGCAAUUUUGGCAUUGCACGAGGAAAACGACCUGUUGGAGAAAUUGGAAGGAGUUUAUACAUUUGGGCAGCCUAGGGUUGGAGACAAGGAAUUUGGGCAAUACAUGGAAAAUGAAGUAUUGAAAGAGCACAAUGUUAGGUAUUUUAGGUUUGUUUAUAGUAAUGAUAUGGUGCCCAGGUUACCCUAUGAUGACAAGGCCCUCAUGUUCAAGCACUUUGGGACCUGCCUCUACUAUAACAGAAACUAUGAAGCGCAGAUUCUCCCAGAAGAGCCAAACAAGAAUUACUUCUCCCCAUCGGUGCAAAUAACUAUGAUGGUGAAUGCAUUUUAUGAGCUGACGAGAAGCUUCACAAUUCCAAAUAAGUACGGACCUGACUACGUCGAAGGGUACUUCUUCAGAUUGUUUAGGCUAAGUGGUUUGCUAAUGCCAGGGGCAUCAGCACACUGUCCCCAAGAUUACGUGAAUUUAACCAGAUUGGGACCCUCAGAUGUGUUCCUCUCACCUAAGCCCAAGCAAUUGUGAAUAGGGCUGUAAGUAAGCUCGAUACAGCUUGUGUUCGACUCGUAUUCGGCUCGAUUUUAGCUCGUUCGGCUCGUGUUCGUAAGAUAAAUGAGCCGAGCUUGAGCUCAAUAUUAAGCUCGGCCAAAAAAUGAGCCGAGCUUGAGCAAGGAUAUAUUCGGCUCGUCUAGCUCGUGAGUAGCUUGUAUUUUCCAUGAGUAGCUCGAGCUUGUUAAAACUCGGCUCGUUUGUUAAAGCUCGACUAAUGAAAUUUGUACUAUAAAAAUAUAAUUAUUCUAAUCUCAAUUCUUCAAUUCUUUUUAUUA